AUGGGGGAUUCAAUUGAUACCACCUCGUUAAAUCAAGGCAUCGUGUUUUAUCAAGAUCCAGAUAAUGGGGAAGUGGAUUAUUAUUGGGAUCGUGACAACGAAUCUGAAAUAUGUUCGCCUUCGUUAAUGCCUGGGAAUGCCGAAAUGAUUGCAUAUGAUAAGAUUUCCGGUGAUUCGUCAGAUCUUGAAGAAAAAUAUUUUAAGAUCAUGGCCAAGGAACUGAGUAGGCAACGAACCGAGGAUCGUCCCGAAUCUACAGGAGAUAUGGACGUAGAAAACACCGAUUAUGCCCUAUCCCCCAAGGAUGAUGAACAAGAAGUGAAUGACAUGAUUAAUGAAAUGAACGAGUUAUUAAAGAGCAGUGAUCAGGAAUCGAAAGAGGCUCGUACACCGGCUACGCCGACAUCACCACGUGGUACGGAAAGAAGAGAUCUGUUGUUAAGCGAAGAGGAAGAGAAUGCGGAAGGAGCCGUCCACAUGCCUGAGCAUGACCCGGAAUUUCAAGAUGAGGCUGGUUUGGAAAUUGCAUUUAAUACGGAUGAUGAUGAGGGGAUGGAUCCGAUGGAAAAUCAGUAG